ACGCUAGCGGCGGAUUCUGCGCAUUAACUCAGCCCCCCUGUAUAUAUGUGUGUGUGUGUCUGUAUGUGAAUGUGUGUAUGUGUAUGUGUGUAUAUAGCAGCCUGCAAAGGAGCACUCAGUACCCGGCCGCUAAAACAACAGCAGUGGCAGCAACAACCACCACAAACAGCAGCAGUCAGCAAGCAGCGACCAGGUCUCAAAGCGGGAUGGCUUCAGGAGAUCUCUACGAGGUAGAGAAGAUUGUCGAUAAAAGGAAAAAUAAAAAAGGGAAGUGGGAGUACCUUAUACGAUGGAAAGGUUAUGGAAGUAAUGAAGACACUUGGGAGCCAGAACAUCACCUCCUGCAUUGUGAAGAAUUUAUUGAUGAGUUUAAUGGACUCAACGCUUCCAAAGAAAAGCGAACUAAAUCAGGGAAACGGGGAAAUAGCCCAAGACAGGUCUUAAGGGACAAUCAUGGAACUUCUCCACUGAGAGCCUAUGAAUCCACAAAGGGGAAGGGUGGAGGAUUACGAAGAAAGCGGACUAAUAAUGCACAUCAAAAACAAAAGCGGGGUACAAUAGGGAGGGAUGGAAAGCACACAUCUGGAGAGCCCAAGAAAAUCAUCGCUACUAAAACAGUGCAUUACAGAACAACUGCGAGUGGAGUACAGAUUAUGCCUUACAGAAAGACUGAUAACUCAUUUCAGAAUGGAGAUGCUAGACAUGGCAAAAAUGCAUUACAGUUUGACAAUACCUCAAGGCAACAGGAAGUGAAUGUGGACCUGGGAGAGCAGGACUUUGCAGAGGAUGGAUCAGUUGCCGAUUCUCCUUUGGUAAACGGAGUAGGGAUUUCCAAUGGACAAGCUAACCUGCCAUGUUCUGUGAAGAGGAAGCUUGUGGAAGACAAGGAAGACUAUGUAUUUGACAAACGGCUCAGAUGCAGUGUACGUCAGAAUGAAAGCAACUAUCGUUUCAGGGACAUUGUUGUUAGGAAGCAAGAUGGUUUUACACAUAUAUUGCUCUCUAGCCAAACUUCAGACAACAAUUCAUUAACGCCCGAGAUUAUGAAGGAGGUGCGGAGAGCACUCGGUAAUGCUUCAGCUGAUGACAGCAAGCUUCUGCUGCUUAGCGCUGUAGGGAGCGUGUUCUGCAGCGGCCUAGACUAUUCCUACCUAAUUGGCAGGUUGUCCAGUGACAGAAGGAAAGAAAGCAAUCGGAUCGCAGAAUCAAUAAGGGAUUUUGUGAAUGCCUUCAUUCAGUUUAAGAAACCCAUUGUCGUAGCAGUCAACGGGCCAGCUCUGGGACUAGGAGCCUCUAUUCUCCCGCUCUGUGACAUUGUGUGGGCCAGUGAAAAAGCAUGGUUCCAAACUCCAUAUGCAACUAUACGUCUGACGCCUGCUGGAUGUUCAUCGUACACCUUUCCGCAGAUAAUGGGAGUCGCUCUAGCAAAUGAAAUGCUGUUUUGUGGGAGGAAGUUAACUGCACAAGAAGCCUGCAGUAGGGGACUGGUGUCUCAGGUCUUCUGGCCAACGACGUUUAGUCAAGAAGUAAUGUUACGAGUGAAAGAAAUGGCAUCGUGCAGUGCAAUGGUCGCAAGUUUGGAAAGUGCUGUCGAAGGACCCUUGGUCCUUGAAGAAUCAAAAUGUCUGGUACGUAGCUUCCUGAAAACUACCUUGGAACAAGUGAAUGAGAGGGAAUGCCAGAUGUUAAAGCAACUGUGGAGUUCCUCAAAAGGACUAGAUUCCCUGUUUAGCUACCUGCAGGAAAAAAUCUAUGAGGUCUGAAGCCACUGUAAGACUUAAAUCUACUGUCCAUUAUUCCAGUGUCAUUGGAGGGAGUUGAUGGACUCUACCUGAUUUUAAGAAGGCGAAUGCGUCAACAAUUAGUGCUGCAAGCAGAACAGAUUGGCCAGCAAAUGUCAUUGAUGAGCACUGACAUGUUCAGUCAAACGUACCCAAGUGGGUAUACAUUGGAUGCAACAUCACUGCAUGCAUUUUCAAAUAUUUUGAUGCUCAUAUUCAAAUUAUGCCAUGUGAUUUUGUUUUUUUACUGUUGUACUUAACAUUCCUAAUGUUGUCCCACCUCAAACCGACUAGACCUAUUUACCAAAUUUAUGUAGAAUGUUGUGCUUGUGAAUAACACUUAAAGGAAUGAGUCGUAGAUAAUCCUUUCACUCCUGAACCACAGCAAAAGUAAGGACAUGUCAUGUCACGGUUGUAUGUUUGGACUCAGUUUGUUAUUAAUUUAGUUAGCAGGGCUGGAGCCGGGGUGGGUAGCAAAUGGGGAAAAUUGACUAUUCUUUUCACUGGGUCUUGUAGGUAGCUUCACGAGACAAAAGCCUUUCAUUGAUGUAGAUUUUCAUUACAUUUGAGGAAAUACAGGGGGGAAGAAACAUUAAAUUGUGAGCUUUCAUUUAGUAGCUUUUGAAAUAAUUGUUUUCCAAAAGAAAAUUCAAUCUCCAGAUAGUUAACUGAAGAUUUUACGUAUUUAUUGUCUUACAGCUAUAUGAACAUUAAGAUUUAAUGGAUCACAACAUUUUUUCUUGUAGACAUUUGGGAUUCUGAGUGAGAAUCUUAUUGGGAACGUUAAUUUCUACAUUUUAUUUUUAAAUUGAUCCCAACUAUCUAAGUCAGCCAUGCAGGAGCUAAUUGUGACUGCAGUUUUGAUGCGAUCACAUAGGGCUCCAUUUUGAAGCAUAAAAUAUACAAGCAGGGUUUGUAUACCAAAUACAAUACGUGUACAGAAGGAAUAUUCUGGUUGUGAAAAGCGUUCUUUUUCAAUACGAAAUACCACAAAAACCUACCUUCACAGACCAGUUUACGGUCCAAAGUCAAUUAGUCAUAUUCCAUGUUCUAAAAUAGUAGUGAUUUCUUUGUCAUUGCUUAUUUAUUUAAAGAAAGUGCACUAAUCAGACAGUGUAUGUGCUGUUGUUAAGUGACUCAGAGGAGUAUGUUACAAAGAAGAUAUGGUUUUUAUGUCACUAAGAUUGAGAAAAGUUCACUAAAUAGUUGUUGGUUUAAAUUUAGUCGUGCAAAAAUACAUGAGUGUCUAUUCGCUUAGGAAGGCCUAUGUGUGGGUACUGGUGCAAAUACAGUAUUUACUAACAUAAAAUGGGAAGCCAUGUCGAAGGGAGUUGAACACUGAAGUGUGUUCAUUAUUAACUGCUGUGUUUUAUUUCUAAGUAUUCACUGGUAUCUACACCUUGUAAGUAUGGAGUAGACUGUAUGGUGGUUUUGUGGAGACAUAAAUACACUUGAUCAUCACCUUUGCUCAAGUUGCUUCUGUGACUAUGUAGACAAGUUUGGUACACCAUAUCACAGAAAUAUGGUAAAUCUGCAAGGCAAUAUCUAUUUUUUCAAACAAUGAACUUUCUUUUAUACAUGAUUACCCAAAACCUGACGGUAUGCUUCUUUGGAGAGUCCAUUGUCCCGAAAUCGCAGUUUUGGGUGUUACAUUGACUGCCUCUGUCACCUCAAUGCUUUGUGCCAAUAUAUUAUUGUUUUCGAUGUUUAUGAAACACAGUUUGUCGCUUUUUCAUUUAAAGCAAAACUGUGCCGUGUUUGAACCUUCACGCACUUUUAAUUUAGAAAAAGGCCGUUCAUUUUGUGAAUUUUUUUUUGCCAAGCUGUGAUUUUGUUCAAAUUACAAAGCAUUUGACGUGUGAAAACCAUUGUGCAUCUACCGCUAGGAAACCUGAAGUUCAGUUUUUGGAUAAUCUGUGUCACUUGUGAAGAAAAUGGGACACUUCCGAUGACAAUGUCCUUCGCUAAAAGGACCAAUAAUGCAUCCGGAACCUGUAGGGGCUGUGUGUUUGUCAGAAACUUGUUAAAUGUAUUUAUCCCACAGCAGAACACAAUGGGGUUUUAAAAAGACUUUUUGUAAGUAAAUGGGGGCUGUGUUUAUUUAAAAAAUGUUAGCAAUCUGUUUUUGGUGUGGGCACCCUUUUUCUUACUGAAGAUUAUCUAAAUGUUCUAUAAACUACCAGGUAAUUCUGAUCUGUGUGAUGACUAACUCGUGCAAGACAGAAACCCUACACAAACUGUCUACUGCUUUUGUAAUUAGUGUAUGAACACUUUUUCUGGGUGCCUUAGAAGUUGUAUUUUUCAUGUGUGUUAAUAUAUUUAUAUAUUGUGGAAAAGCUG